UUAAAAACAGUUUAAUAUCCUCCUUCGAUUUCAGAUUUAUUUACGGUUUCUGACAUAACAUAUGACGAACACGGCGGCGGCGACAUCGGAGGCGAAGAUGGCGGCGGCGACAUCGGAGGCGAAGAUGGCGACGGAGACGCCGAAGAUAGUGUGGAACGAAGGGAAACGGAGAUUCGAGACGGAGGAUCACGAAGCUUACAUAGAGUACAAGAUGAGAAACAACGGUAAAGUGAUGGAUCUGGUCCAUACCUACGUUCCUUCCUCCAAACGAGGAUUAGGUUUAGCUUCUCAUCUCUGCGUCGCUGCUUUCGAACACGCCUCCUCUCACUCCAUCUCCGUCGUCCCUUCCUGCUCCUACGUUUCGGAUACGUUCCUUCCUCGAAACCAGUCAUGGAAGCCUCUAGUUCACUCAGAGGAUCUCAAGUCUAGCAUCUGAAGUGAAACUACUCUCCCUUCUCUUUGUGUCCUCUCUGUAAUAAAAUUAAGUAAUGUCUCUAACUAAAAUGUCCCCAAUAAUAAUAAUCGUUGAUUGUGUAUCUUUGAAACAUCUUUGUAAUCAAAAUCAGAGCGACAUAAAUCUUUAUGAAUCAUAAAAGCUUUCACUUA